AACCAAUGGUUAAAUUGUUUUUUGUAAAGGAUGAGCAACAGGCUGGGCCCCUGCUGAGAAGAGCACAACGAGCGGAGUUAAAUCUGUUUACUGUUAGACGGCAUUACUAGUGUGAAGCCUCUAUGGUUUAGUUUUUUCUCUGUUUUGUUAAACUGGGGGUGGGUAGAAGAAAAUCACUGCAUUCACAUUGUUUUUAAGUAGAACAACCAGAUUUGCUCGAGGCCGAGGCAUGGAUGAGGUACGGCCUACCAGUGGUGCUCAAGCCCACGGGCUGGUGCCGCUGUUUCCUCCCGGACUGCAGGCUAUCUACGGGGAAUGCCGGCGACUUUACCCCGAGCAAGCCAACCCGCUUCAAGUAACAGCCAUUGUAAAAUACUGGUUAGGGGGACCAGAUCCAUUAGACUACAUCAGUAUGUAUAGGAAUAUGGGCUGUCAAGCUCAGGACAUCCAGGAGCAUUGGCACUAUGUCAGUUUUGGACUGACUGACCUGUAUGGGGAUAAUAGGGUUCACGAAUUCACAGGGGCAGAUGGACCUAGUGGGUUUGGCUUUGAGCUCACCUUUAGACUCAAAAGAGAGGUGGGAGAGACUGCACCACCAACCUGGCCAGCUGAACUUAUGCAAGGCUUGGCUCGCUAUGUGUUCCAGUCAGAAAACACAUUUUGUAGUGGCGACCAUGUAUCGUGGCACAAUCCACUAGACAACAGUGAAUCUCGUAUCCAGCAUAUGUUGCUUACAGAGGACCCACAGAUGCAACCAAUUCAAACGCCAUUUGGCACAGUGAGCUUUCUCCAGAUUGUGGGUGUAUGUACGGAGGAGCUACAGGCUGCCCAACAGUGGAACGGCCAAGGCAUCCUGGAGCUGAUGCGUGGAGUCAGAGUAGCUGGUGGCCCCUGGCUCAUCACAGACAUGAGGAGAGGGGAAACCAUUUUUGACAUUGAUCCACACCUACAACAGGAGAGAGUGGACCAGGGUAUUGAGACAGAGGGCUCUAACCUGAGUGGUGUCAGUGCCAAGUGUGUGUGGGAUGAUCUGAGUCGACCACCCGAGGAUGAGGAGGACAGCCGAUCCAUCUGUAUAGGAUCACAGCCACGCAGGCUCUCAGACAAAGACACAGAGCAGAUCAGGGAGACCCUGAGAAAAGGACUGGAAUUUAACAGCAAGGCAGCACUACCACCCAUCAACAGCCAGAGACAGAGCCAUGAGAGACCUCAGAGUCGGAAGGACAGUUUGGAGAGUGAGAGUUCAGCAGCCAUUGUUCCACAUGAGUUGGUCCGAACACGUCAGUUGGAGAGUGUCCAUCUGAAAUUCAACCAAGAAUCAGGCACGCUGCUGCCCCUCUGCUUACGGGGCCGGUUGCUACACGGGAGACAUUUCACAUACAAAAGUAUCAAUGGAGACACAGCCAUUACAUUUGUGUCUACAGGAGUUGAAGGAGCUUUUGCUACUGAAGAGCAUCCAUAUGCAGCCCAUGGCCCCUGGCUUCAGAUAUUGUUGACUGAGGAGUUUGUGGAGCAAAUGCUUGGGGAUUUACAGGAACUUAAUACUCGUGAAGAGACAAAGUUACCAAAGGAGUACAGUUGGCCAGAAAAGAAGCUGAAGAUCUCUGUCCUACCAGACUCUGUGUUUGACAAUCCACUGCAGUGAGACAGAGACACUAAAUCACUAGAAAAUACCUACAAAAAUACCUGCAGACACACACUUCCAGAGUGGACUAUCAUAAACAGAAGCCCUCCCAGAACAUGCAACGACCCUGAGCUGUCAGGGCACGUAGAUAAUGUUGCUCCCACACUGGGCAACCUGAGACUGUUUCAUCCCUGAAGAUGAUAUGAAGACUUGACUGUUACUGCCUUCUCAGACCUGCCCCAUUGUUUACAACAUUUCUCUGAGGUUUGAACACUUUUGACAGUCUCAAACCAGCUUCAAACCAGCCUGUCCAGAUGGUUGACCUGUUAGAACAAUCAUUAUAGGUGACACACUACACUAGCUCCAGGGCAAAACAGGAUGUUGUCAUUCCUCCAGUAAGGCCUGCCAGGUCCAAAAAAGACCUCAGAAAUGCAGUUGAGUGUGCUUCCUGUGAUCACCAGAAAAAAUGUCCCAAGCAGUAACUGGGUUGGGUUUUCAAAAACUAUUUCUAUUUAUUCCAGUGGCCUUAAAAAGGGCUGAAAAGUCAAAUAUUGAACCAUUUUAUCAGUAUUGUUUUCAAUUGAGCUAAUGUUUAUAGUAUUUACAAAUGCUGGACAUUUUUCUCUUGUUGUGUUUGUGGUCAUACCAAAGUUAUAACUGUUGGCAGUCUGCUGCCAGUGCUGUCUGUCUCAAAUGUUAUAUGAUUCUGUAAUGAUGACUUAACAGGAUAAACUAUUAGUAACUGCUUUUCACUGCCUGUUUGUUUGGGAUAACCAAAUAAACAUCAGAAUUUUUGGCAAAUGCUGCAGGUAGAACCACCUCUAUCCCCCGCGCCAAGAACAUGACUCCUGUAUUGAGUAAUAUUUUUUGAAUGUGUCUUCUUUCAAUUUUCUCAUGCUUGAUGAUGCAUAUCUUACAAUUACAAAAUCAAAACCAUCAAGUCCGUUGUAAAAGUUCCAAGACUAGGAAUCUGUGUUCAGUGUCUUCUCUCGAGUGCUGUCUCUAGUGGCCAUUGAAAUAUAAAAUGUGGGAUUUUUUUUUUUUUUUUUUUUUUUUUUACUAGUUGGACCUGCCUGAAAAUGAGUUGGAGUAAAAUUCCUCCAUGCCUUGCGUUGAAAAGGACCACAUAUUCCCUGUUGACACUCGCGUUCAGCUCAUGAAUUAUUAAGAAAAUCCCUUUGAAGGCUGCUGCGUUCACUGUCUUUCUGAUACCAUUCCAUGUUAACACCAAAACAAAAGACUACUUUUACUACAAUGUCUUCUUAAAAAUGUAUUCUUAUACAAUCUUAUUUUUGUUUGUGUUUUUUUUAUUCAGAGUUACAAAAUGUAAAGUUUAGAAAUUGUUGUUAUGGUAUUUUGUAAGUCUAUCUUACUGACUGAACUGGCUGAUUGUAAUCCCAAGUGCAUUAAAGAGUGUAGAUAUUUACACAAAUAAAGCUGGAACACUAAUGCAGAAUUACAGAGGAGCUUAUAUCUUUAAAAUUUGUGAUGUGAGUGCAAUUUAAUCUGUACAUUUAUAUGGGAUUUAUAAGAUUUCCUAUAAAACAUGGGAGUCAUGAGACAACUUUUAUAAUGUAAUAAAUUGGUAACUAAUGUCA